GUUACACUUUAACGUUGUGGAAUACGGUUUGGAAUUGUUGAAGUUGGUGAAAUACUAAAUUUUUGGAUCAUGGGUAGCAUCCUGUAUCAGGUGUUUGGGACGGUGAUAAUAUGCACCAUGGGUGUCAACAUGGGGAUCGUCUUCACCUGGCCAGCCUUCACAAUAAACCUAUUCCAGUCACAGAACACCACUCUAAACAGACCUAUGACAGAUUUGGAAAUUUCCUUCUUCAGCGGCAUGUCUUCUAUAGGAGCUCUCGUAGCUACGCCGACAGCCGGAUUCUUAUUGGACAAGUUGGGACGAAAAAAUUGCAGUAUUUUUAAUUCCACUGGAUUAGCUCUAGUAUGGGUCAUACUGACUUUCAGCAGGCAAGUGGAAUGGGUCCUCGUAGCGGUCCUUCUAUCCGGGAUCAGCAGCUCCAUAUUCCUGGUCGCCUCGGUCUACAUCAGCGAGAUCUGCCAGGACUCCAUCAGAGGCACCAUGACUGCCACGAACAUGGUCGCCUAUGGUCUCGGGAUGUUAGUGUCCUAUCUUCUUGGAGGAACUUUAGACUACGCCAGCACGAUUUAUGUUGGAUUGGGCGUCUCAGUAGCUGGAGUACUGGCACUACUACUGCUGAAGGAAUCUCCAAUUCAUUUAAUGAGUAAAGGAUUUGAGAAGGAAGCCAUGCAGUCAAUAGCUUAUUACAGACGCUUGGAUAUCGACUCCAAAGAAAUUUUGGAUGAAAUUAGUAAUAUGAAAAGAGCUCUUAAUCCUGAUUUGGAUGGAGAUACUUCACCUGAAGAAGAAAAAUUGAAGCCAGAUGUAAAACCAGCUGAGAAACUAUCAUUCUGGCAGUUUGUGAGAAAAUCUCGUUCAUCCCGCCGAGCGUUUGUCAUCAACUUAGUGGUGAUGCUAGCAGCUAUCUUCCAAGGAUUAAUUGUUAUACAAAUGUACGCUGAACCGCUUUUUAUGGAGGCCUUACCAUCAGCCUCACCGUCGUUCUGCAGUGUCAUGUUAGCCGUGGCGAUGGCAGUAGCUGGUAUUGUGGCUGCGUUUCUGACUGAUAUAGCUGGAAGACGACCUCUGAUGAUCUACGCGUCUCUAGGCACUGGUAUCAGCUGCAUGGUACUAGGAACCCAGUUGCAGUUCCACUGGGGCCCGACCUGGAUCACGGCGGUGUUCAUGUACGUCUACCCAGUGAUGUACACGUGCGGCGCAGGGACUGUUCCCUUCGUGCUUAUAGCCGAGUUAUUUUUGCCAGAGGUCAAAAGUAUCUUCUCAAUGGUACUAAUUGAAUCGAUCUGGGUCUGCAACUUCGUCAUCCUCUUCAUCUUCAACCCCCUUCUGAAAACUGUUGGCUGGGGACCUGUCUUCUACAUCUUCGCGACCCUCAGUUUCCUCUCAGCUCUCUACAGCUUCAUCUUCCUGCCUGAGACCAAGGGACUCACUGUCGAAGCGAUACAAGGACUCUUCGCUAAGAAAAGAAAACCAAGAAAUUCAGCCUGAUGUUUUAAUAAAUUUAGUAUUUUGGCA